AUGUUCUCCCUUGUCCAAAGAUUUCAAAAUGUAUCAAAUCAGGCCUUUUCAUUGGGGAUUAUAAUGGUUGUAUUUAUCAUGGCAUCCUCGUAUUAUCAAUUAAUCAAUAAUAACGCGUUCUCAAUACCUAGUAAUAUUGAUAACGUGAAGACAUUAGUUAACGUUAGAACAAGUAGAUAUUUUGGCUCACAAAGGGGCAAGGCAAAGGAAAAUAUGAAGAUUAGAUUUGACUUGAAUACCGACCUCACUCCCCUAUUCAACUGGAAUACAAAGCAAGUAUUCGUUUAUCUAACCGCUGAAUAUAACAGUACUGAAAAAGUGUCCAGCGAGGUAACAUUUUGGGAUAAGAUUAUAAAAAGUAAAGAAGAUGCUGUGGUUGACGUGAAUGAUUUAAGGUCCAAAUAUUCUAUCUGGGAUAUUGAAGAUGGCAAGUUUGACGGUAAGGAUUUAGUUUUCAAGUUACAUUGGAAUGUUCAACCGUGGGUGGGACUGCUAACUUAUGGCGAAACGAUAGGUAAUUAUACACUUACCGUGGAAAAUAACGACAAUGUUUAA